AGCACCGCCCAAUCCACGACCAUCAGCACUUUUGGCCAAGUAAAAGGUGUGACGCACCGCCUUACAUCUCCUCAUAUUAUUAUUAUUAUUAUUUGAACUGAAGGGAAGACACGCUUUCCCUUCUACUUCAGCCACAUAAAGAAGAAAAGAGAAAAGAUGCAGUACUACGACGGUGGCGCCUUCGCCGACUGCCCGUAUAUCCAAUACCCACACGGUAUGGGCAAGCAGCGGGCACCAGCCACGGUACUAGCCGCAGCGGCGGCAGCAGUGGCAGCAGCGGCUUCAACGACAGCGGGCAUCUCCUCUUCCUCUCCCUCUUCCGCUGUCACGUCUUCGUUUCCCGUAUCCUCCAGUUCCAACCCGCCUCCCUCACGCGCCGUCGCUCUCGUGUCACCGUCCUCGCCAGCACAGCCUUCACACAUCACGCGCAGGCAGGGCGAAACAGCCGAGGAGACGACCGCGCGCACGGCACACAGCAUUCAGGCGUCGCUGCACGCCGCACAGCAAACAACGGAGGUCUUCGAUGGCCGCAGUCUCGCCAUGCAGAGUCGUCAGCGAUCCGCCGCAGCUGCACAGAAGUCGAGCACGGCAAGCAACGCGCUCACCAUUGUCGUGAGCGACACCGCGGCUGCACCGGGCUCUCGCGAGAGCGACCCCGGCCCGAUCGUGCGCUCGCCGACAAAGGAAAAGAAGAGCGCCUUCACCGAUGCGCUGCUGCUCCGCCCGGGUGGCGGCAACUCGACAACGAAAGAUGGCAGUGGGACGUUCAGUGGGGCUGGUGCGUCCUCGACGGCGAUGACAGUCGGUGACCGGAGCAGCAGCGGUAGUGCCAACUCCAGCGCCGGUAGCGCGGCGAGCACCCGCAAGGUCGUCGUCCCCUUCUGUGUGAGCAGCUGGCAGAAUCGAAAGAAAUUGAUCGUGCCGGUGGAGCAGCGCCUCGCGCAGCAGCACGACGACCGCCUCGACGCGGACGCCGGCAUGGGCGACGCCAUUGUGGACCUGGCCAUGGCCAUGCAGCAGGCCUCGAAGGAGGUCGCGGCGGAGAUGGCCGCUAAGGAGAAGGCGAGGGCCGAGGAAGAAGAACGACGGCAGGCGGCGCUGGAGGCGGCGGAGGCGGAGAAGGCGCGUCAGCUGCUGGAGCAGAAGGCCGCGGAGUUGGCCGCCAACGCGCAGCGGCGCGAGACUCGAGAGCAGCGGCUGGAGCGCAUCCGGCUCGAGCGGGAGCUGCGCGAGCAGGAGAAGUUGGCGAAGCAGGCGCAACGUCUGCGGGAGCGGGCGGCGGCGCGGCUGAACAUUACAGUGGAGGAUUUGGAAUCGGAUGAGCUUCUCUUGAAGACGGUGGAGCAGGCGUCUGCACACCUCAGUGUGUCAUCCACCGCGCCAGCGACGGGGCUCGCGCCGAGACGGACAGACGGGUCGAACCAACCGUUGAAGUUGGAGCCACAACAGUCGUCGUCUCUGCCAGGCGCACCCGGUCAAGCCGCGAUGGGGAACGACAGCCGCAACAACGACGAUGCAGACGAAGACGACGGGGCGACCGGAGGCCGUCGCCGGCCUGCCGUGCGGGGUGGCAUCUUUGCGAGCGCCGUCAUCAGCAACGAGGGCAUUCAACGCGAAAUGGAGGCGCUGGCGGCGGUAGAGGCACAAGAUCGGCAAGAGCAGCAGCAGGCGACGUCAACGAUGAAGGCGCCUGCACACGACGGUAUUCGACUGCGUGAGGAGGGCGAAAACAGCGCCGACGACGAUGAGGGGGAGGAGGAUGGCGACUUCCAGCUGCACAACUUUGUGCCGAGGAAGCGACGACUGUAA